AUGUAUCACCGUCUUCUGUCCUUCUCUUUCCUCGCCGCCACUGUUCUUUCCUCGGUCUUUGCUAUUCAUAUUCCCCUUUGCAGGAACGCCGUCAGCAUUCGGGAUGCUAGUCCACACAGAAUUUCUGUAACAAAGUCGGCGUCCUCGACCGACCUUUCUGGAUUCGUCAAUUAUGCAAAUGGUCGUUAUAGUGGCAACAUAACUAUCGCUGGGCAGUCGCUCGAGGUGGUCUUGGAUACAGGCAGUUCGGACUUGUGGAUAAUCUCGGACUCUGCUUUGCCCGGCUCUGUGAACACCUCUAUUCCAGCGGAACACAAGUAUGGUACCGACGCCGCAAACGGCGCCUCCAUUCAGGGAUACAUUUUCACAGCGGAUGUGGAGUUCGGCGGCUUCACGAUCGCACAACAGGCCUACAUCGAUGUGCCAAACUCGUCAGUGUCAAGCGGCGUGGUGGCUCCUGGCAUGAGCGGGCUCAUCGGUCUGAGCCCAGUGGCAGAGAUUGGGACGGUCGCAGCCGAUCUGCAGAAAGCCAAUUACAACGCAAGCGGUGCAAACCCGAUGCAGAACAUCUUUUACAAUGACCCGAGUAUCAAACCACAGUUCACUAUCCUAAUGUCUCGCAACGAUGGCAAGGUAGAAACCUCUGGCGGUGUAUUCACCAUCGGUGACCCUGUUCCAGAACUGGCGUCUAUCCAGGACGCGCCCAUCUUGCCCGUCGGCCAUGAUGAUGAUGAAAUCCUGGCCCAACAUUGGACUGUGCACAUGGAUGCCAUCGUCAUCAACGGGCAGUCGUACAACACCAGCUCAAGCGGCGUCGCAAACCUUUCUGCGAUCCUGGACACUGGUACACCGACUGCACUUGUCGACCCGAGGUUCGUGGACAUCAUGUUCGGCGCAAACGCACAGCCCAUCCAAACAGACUUCUCGGUCGUGGACUGCAACACUCAGAUCAACAUCUCGUUUGUGUUCGGCGGUAUAGAGUUCCCGAUUCAUCCCAUUGACGCGAUCCAACCCGUCGCAUUGGACGACAACGGUACGGUGAUCUGCAGUGGUUCGUUCGGUCGACUCGAGGGCCUCCCCGACGGCUUGCUACUUCUUGGAGAUACCUUCCUUCGGAAUGCGUAUACUCUGUACAACCUCAACAUCGGAAACAGCUCUCCAGUUGGACCAUACGUUCAGAUGCUCAGCACAACUGAUGCUGAGGCGGCCGCGACGGAGUUCGCACAGCUGAACCAGCAGAGACUCUGCGCCUUCGCGGCGGCGCAAUCGAACAGCUCGUCAUCCGCGACUGUUGACCACGACGACGACGAACUGUCGGCUGCCGGCGCAGUUUCUUCUCCCUCGCCAUCGUCUUCGUCUUCGUCUUCCGACGACUACUCUGCUCUCAUGCGCAACUCAUACAUCAUCAUCGGGCUCAUGGGUGGAGCGCUGCUGCUCUUGAUCAUCAUUGCUGCGAUGCUCGACGAUUGCUGUCGCUGUGCUGGAUACCUUCCUGCGUUCAAGGCGUAUGUUAAGUGCCCGGAAAGGUUCGACGAAUACUACAUCCAAGAUCCCGAUGCCGCGGCCAAGCGCGAUUAUGACAAGUGGGGAGUCAUACCGGAAAGGGCGAGGUUCGUUCCUAGGGUAUAUAAGGUCAAGGGCAAGGUUGUCGGAUGCUGGGACACCGUAGCAAGCCUGGAGCGGCCCUUAUCGAACGCAGGCGGCGUCACCGGCCACUGUGAGAACUACGACGGUGGUCUUCACCUUCCCGACAAGGAUGAAGUGGCGAAAUCCAUCGACCUCCGCCAGUGUUGGUUCUCCGGCGUCCACACCAACUUGAACGUGGGCGGAGGCUACCCCGACCAGGCGCUCGCCGAUCUCGCCCUCGCGUGGAUGAUCGAUCUGUGUAGCCCGUACCCCGAUUUUGACCCCAAGUACAUCAAAAUUCGCACCCGGAUGGCUUCGACCGCGACUACCAGCCUCUACCGCUGGGCAUGCGGGAAACUGUACUCGACGCUCGUGCAAGAAGGGCCAGACGUGGACGUGGCUAUACCGCACGCCUGGCGCGUACCACAAGCCGGCAGACCGCACGAGAGAGAAGAUGCACGCAAGUAUGCGCGAACGAUGGUUGACCCGGCCCGCGGGGCAAGACUGGCGACCACAAACGCUGAAAAGCUCCGAGCCAAAGCAGCGAGAGGAUGGUCAGUGGGGGGGGUAGAGAACGCUGGCGGCAGGAAGCAGCCCAAAGAGUCAUUUACCAGUGAGGUCAAGGCGAAGGAGAGCUUCGAGUGA